AUGGGACUCAAGUCCCGAAAGGCAGCAGCGGCGGGGGCAGGAGGAGGGAGAGCCCCCAGCCCCUCUCCCGCUGCUGCUGCUGCUCCUGGCCGGGGCUCAGUGGUGGUCGUUGAGGGGGCAUCAGGGGCGGCCUCGGGAGGGGGAACCAGGGGUGAGCAGGAAAGGAAGGCGCCCCUCUCUUUGGCGGGGGAUCUGGAGCAAGGGGCCGACAAGGACGGGGCCCUCCUCUUGGAAGGGGCCCUGGGGGCCGAGGAGGAAGAAGAGGAGGAGGAGGAAGAGGGGGUCCUCCGGAGGACGGGGCCCCAAGGGCUGGGUCUCCUGGCCAAGAGCCCCCUCAGCCGCCGCCCGGCCCCCAGGAACCAGCUCCAGUACCGGCGGAGCCAGACCCUCAUCUACGACGCCCUGGAGAGGCCCAGAGGAUGGGCCCUGCUCUACCACGCCUUCGUGUUUCUGAUUGUUCUGGGGUGCUUGAUUUUAGCUGUCCUGACCACAUUCAAAGAUUAUGAAAAGGCAUCAGAAAAGUGGCUGCUGCUUCUGGAAACCUUUGCCAUUUUCAUCUUUGGAGCAGAGUUUGCCUUACGGAUUUGGGCUGCUGGCUGCUGUUGCCGAUAUAAAGGCUGGAGAGGGAGGCUGAAGUUUGCCAGGAAACCACUGUGUAUGUUGGAUAUUUUUGUCUUGAUUGCCUCUGUGCCUGUGGUGGCUGUCGGAAACCAAGGCAAUGUUUUGGCUACUUCACUGAGAAGCCUCCGUUUCCUUCAGAUCUUGCGGAUGCUGCGGAUGGACAGGAGAGGAGGCACUUGGAAACUUCUGGGAUCGGCUAUUUGUGCUCACAGCAAAGAACUCAUCACUGCCUGGUACAUUGGCUUCCUGACGCUUAUCCUCUCCUCCUUCCUGGUUUACCUGGUGGAAAAAGAUGUGGCUGAAACAAAUGAACAGGGACAAGAGACAAGAGAUUUUGAAACCUAUGCCGACGCACUGUGGUGGGGACUGAUUACACUAGCAACCAUUGGCUAUGGUGACAAGACGCCCAAAACGUGGGAGGGACGCCUGAUAGCAGCAACUUUUUCCCUCGUUGGAGUUUCAUUUUUUGCCCUUCCAGCUGGUAUUUUGGGUUCAGGAUUGGCUUUGAAAGUUCAGGAGCAACAUCGCCAGAAGCACUUUGAGAAAAGAAGAAAGCCAGCGGCGGAACUCAUACAGGCCGCCUGGAGAUACUAUGCCACUAAUCCUAAUAGGCUGGACCUCGUGGCUACUUGGAGGUUUUAUGAAUCAGUUGUAUCAUUCCCAUAUUUCAGGAAAGAGCCGGUGGAUGGUACUAGUAAUGUCAUGUUUAGUAGGGAUGCAUUCUUUGGAUCAAGCGUCACCAGAAAACUUAGCCAAAAGCUGGGUCUCUUGGAUCGGGUUCGUGGUACCAAUACUAAAGGAAAGCUAUUUACCCCUCUGAAUGUAGAUGCAAUUGAAGAAAGUCCUUCUAAAGAACCUAAGAGUGUUGUAGUCUUGAAUAAUAGAGAGCGUUUUCGCACUGCAUUUCGAAUGAAAGCAUAUGCAUUCUGGCAAAGCUCAGAAGAUGCUGGAACUGGGGAUCCUCUGGCAGAAGACAGGGGAUACAGCAACGAACUCAUCACUGAAGACAUGAUCCCCACCCUGAAGGUGGUCAUCCGAGCUGUCAGAAUACUACAGUUCCGCCUCUACAAGAAGAGAUUCAAGGAGACUUUGAGGCCUUAUGACGUAAAGGAUGUGAUAGAACAAUAUUCAGCAGGACACCUUGACAUGCUUACCAGAAUCAAAUACCUUCAAGCAAGAAUAGACAUGAUUUUUGCUCCUGGACCUCCAUCUACUCCCAAGCAUAAGAAAUCCCAAAAGGGAGGAGCAUUCCCUUAUCCUUCGCAACAGUCCCCAAGGAAUGAUCCAUACAUAGCCAAAGCAUCCACGGUAGAUCCCGAAGACCAAAGUAUGAUGGGCAAAUUUGUUAGAGUUGAAAGACAGGUCCAUGACAUGGGGAAGAAGUUGGAUUUUUUAGUUGAUAUGCACAUGCAGCAUAUGGAGCAGCUGCAAGUCCAAGUCACCGAGGUAUGCCCUUCGAAAGACACUGCAUCCCCAGUAGAGGAUAACAGAUAUUCUGAGCUGAAAUCCAUCAUUUACAAAUACUCUGAGCCUUCCAUUCAUGAAAAGCCUCCAAGCUUCCAUCAUGUCCCUGUGAACAAAGUCCCUCCGUUUGGAUUCACCACACAGGGCCAAAGUAGUGGCCUGUUUUCAUUGCCAUUGGGUGGGCAGAACUCUGGUCAGUGGCAGGCCAUGCCGUUUUCGACUUCAUACACAGAAAGGCCAACAGUUUUGCCUAUACUUACCUUUAUUGAUCCCCAUGUCUCCUACCAGUCACCUCCAGGUGACCUCCAGAGCCCCCACUCAGAAAGAAUCCCUUCAGGACAGAAACACAGCUUGACGCGAGACAGUGACACCCCAUUAUCCCUCCUCUCAGUCAACCAUGAGGAACUUGAACGUUCACCAAGUGGAUUCAGCAUCUCCCAAGACAAAGACGAUUUCCUUUUUGGGCCAAACGGGGGUUCAAGUUGGAUGAAAGAAAAACGCUAUUUGGCUGAGGGCGAAACAGACACCGAUACUGAUCCGUUUACCCCAAGUGGGUCUAUGCCUCUAUCUUCAACAGGAGAUGGGAUUUCUGAUUCAAUAUGGACCCCUUCAAGCAAGCCAAUGUAAAAUUCUCCAUAUGGGUGGGCUGGGCAGAGUCAUUGGCUGGCUUUUUCUCUCAAUGUAAACAUAAACUUUGUAUAUUUCAUUAUCACAUCCAAAGCUUCCUAGCUCCAAACAAACAAACAAAAACACCGGUGGCUGCACUGCAUGCUGGUAUUAGUGGUAGUCUUUCCACACCAUUUCAUAUGGUGGAAUAAUGCGGUUUUGUUCAUGCUGCCAAAACUAAGUGGUUUAGUUUGGAGCAUGAUUUUGCAUGACUUUACACUAUAAUGGUACAGAUCAUUUCUUCUGUGAUUUAAAAUAGCAAAAAUUAUAUUUUCGGUACACCAAGGGUCAGGUCAAUGCCGGACUGAAAAUACUCCCAAACAGAGGCACAUGGUGCAUUUUUGUCAGAAAAAAACCCACAUCAAACACUAGUUUACAAACUAAUGCCCUUUGCAAAAUAUAUCUAUUUGUUUUAGAGAAUAUCUCGACUUUCAGCAUACUAUUUAAGCCUUGGCUAACUCUUGAGCUCCUGCUCAUGCCAUUACAAUUAUGCCUGUUAAAUUUGUUUAUCCAAAUUUAAAUUUAUUUACAUUUUUAAAGACAUUUCUCAUGCCUUUCUGAAGUUUUAUAUAAUAUUAGAAAGUGUAGCAUAACUUAAAUUCCUGAAGGAUUUAAGUGAUUUUUUUCCCUUUUCUUUUUUUUGGCAACAUUUAAGUUCUGGUUGGUUUCAAAGUGGCUAAAAUGUGCCUAACACUCUCUGGAUUGCUGUCAACUAGGAGUUUCAAUCUCAUUGAGCUCCAUGGGUCUGAAGCCAUUUUUAAUCUUUGUAUUCCCUUGAUUCAAAAUGGGAUUCCUAGGUACCUAACACCUUCUGGAUUCCUUAUGAUUAAGAGCCAAGUAACAUUUUAUACUUGAGGGUGGCAGGCAUGUUUUCCAUCUGUGUUGCCUUUGUAAGAAACUUGUUUUGUAUGUAGUGGAGAUGUGAAUUGGUAGCGCUAGGGCAAACAUACCAUAAACAUGCCCUAGGGAGGUUUAUACGACUAUAGUUCUCUGUCAUGCACCUAUUUAACAUUUGGAGAUAAGCUUCUCCCCUUCGCACUUUACGUGUCCAUGAUAGGGAGCAGCAUUUUAGAUAAGGCAACUGUGCCUGACCCUUUAAAGUGUGAAAUCAGCUCUGAAUUGCCUUCAGCUCUGUAAUAUGUGAGUAUUGAAUUCUGCUCUGAUGUUUUACUGAUUUCCAUUGGAUUGUAAUAGGCUCAGUGUCUCUUUCAUUCAUAAUAACAAUUAUUGUCUAAUUGUCCUGCUAACCAUAUAUUGUGCAUUGCAACCAAUCUGAGGAUUCCUUCCCCCUCAAAUGUGGCCUGCCUGUAAUGUCCAAUGUUUCUUAGGAUCUUUUUUCUCCCUGCAAUUCAGCUUCAUUAAGAAUUUUGUAGACUUGGAUAAAUAAUAUUCCUGUCAUACCUUAUGAGGCAUACUUUGAUCAGCCUUAGCCAACUGUCAGUAGAGCCAUUUCUUCCUGCAAAAGUUGUACCCUGAUUCCUCAAAAAUCAACUAUUUUGCUUUUGGUUUCAGUGGUGCCGACAUUUGAAGUGAUGUGUUUCAAAAAUAAUACAUUGGCCCAGACAUUUCCAGGUUCAAUUUAUAAUUAUUAUUCUCUCUUUUUAAAAGGCAAUGCACAUAAAUGAAUGACUGAAUUUCCCUGUGCCUCAGUUUCCCCAUCUGUAAAAUGGGUCUAAUUAUACCUCGCCAUGGGCGAUUGCAUGAGGCUCAAAUUGUGCUGAUCUGUAAAGCACUUUGAACUCAGUGGAAAGUCAGUUAUGCUAUCCCUUUUGUUGCCUGUGGCCUGUACCAUGCAAGGCUCAUUUACAUAAGCGUUGGCAAAGAGAUAGCACUGGUGUUGUUAUUUUUCUUUCAUUGGUGCCCAUGAAUCUUCUUGCACAUGAAUAGGGCCCAGUUCAAAUACCCACUGAACUAGAGAUGAUAUUCAUGUGAUGCAACAUGGACUUACUUACAUAUGUGAUGGCCCUAGAAUCUUCUCCUUUUGAGUGAGAGAAUUCAUACACAUCAGACGAUCAUGUAUAAAGGGCCAUCCAAUGGAGUCCCAUUAGGGACACAUGAAGUAAGAUAUUCUGUCCCUGCAUUGUUGUCUACUUUCCAAGAUGGUGGGCAGAGGCCUUUCCACCGUAUCACCUCAUUUUAUUUUGGAAGCUGGCAUAGUAGCUGGUUGGGAGACCAUCAGGGAAUACCAGGGAUCUCCAAUGAGAGCUAGGAGGUAAUCCUACCUGAAACACUGAGUGCUGCAGGUCAAAGUUGAUCAUAGUAGGCUGCUUGGUCAAAUAGUCUGACUCAAUAUAAGCGAACUUUCUGUUUCCUGCUGCCUGGUCCUUUGAGCCAGAGAUACUUAGAAAGUGUGUGCUCUGUCACUGAGCUGUCACCAUUCCCUACUCACUUCAUUUUAGUAAGUGAAGGCUUUGCUGUAGGUCUGCUCAUUUGCUGUACAAAUUACAUAAGCAGCCCAGUAAGAUUUUUUUUUGGGGGGGGGGUGGAAUUGCCUAAAUUGAGGGGUUAUCAGAACAUCUUUAUUGACUGGGACCUCUCCUUGAUGAUUUGCAGCAAGAAAAAAGGAUUGUGUGUACAACACCUAUUCCACCAAAGGUGAUUAUAAAAGCUUUGUCAUAGAUGAUGUUAAUGACAAGAACUGUUAAUGACUCUUGGUGAACUGUGGUUAUGUGAAAAGUUCUGGGAAUUAAUGCUGGUAAUAAUCUGCCUCUGGAUCAAAACUACUGCCAUCAACUUGUGCUGUAUGCUAACGUUGCCUGAUGUCAAGUUAGGGGUGAUACUGUUUGAAUUUAUGUGGGGUGAGUUGGAGCCAGUCUUGGUCAAAAUUACAUUCAAGCCAUUAAAAUCAGCGGGAUUCGAUCACAAUUACUAGAUGUUCCAAUGAUUUCAUUGGGCCUGCUCUAAGUUUAGCCAAGAUUGGAUCCAACUCUAUAUGUUGGUGAUAUAUGAAACAGUCAUUUGUUAUCCAAACAAUAAUGGGUAGAAAUCCAUUUCAUUUAAUUUUAUUUAAUUGAAUUGCUUCUUCCUUUGAUGCUCUUCAUUGUAGCCACCAAGAGAAGGUAUGCUGCCAUCCUGUUAGUGCGUUAUAAUGGCCAAGUCCAAUCUGUACUAUCUUAACCCAUUUUUGGUUGUUGCAAUGACCAAAAUUACUUCCCAAAAAACCACCUCAUCAGUGUGGUGCCCCUUGCAAGAUGGUCAUUUCUGUGUCUUCAGAGAUUAGAGGCAGCAGGAGAGAUGCAUCCAGCUAUUUUCCUUUCCUUUAUUGCUGUCCAGACACACAGCAAUAAUGUCACCCUCAGGAGGUCAUUAUGGAUGCCUAUUUUAGUGUACCCACUAAAGGAAAAUGGCUGGCUGCACUUCUGCUGCUACCCACUCUCCACACUCUAAACAUGGCCAUCUUAAGUGGGCUGCCCCGUUGAAAAAUUGGGUUUUGAGGAAUUUGCACUGGGAGACAUAUCAUAGCUAUGUUUCAGAGAUAUGUCUUCCAGCUCAGGUUCUACACUGUGGUGUCCUGCUUCUCUUCUCUGAGGAACAGCGUUUCUCACACUAUAAAAUAGUGGAAGUGGUGUAUCUUGAGAGUACAGAGCGGUUAAUGACUAAACGUACAUGAAAAAACAUGAGUCAAGAAUACUGACACAAUUUCCAAAAGCUCCUAGCAGGCCUCAUAAACAGAUGUCUGUGUAAAUUUCCACCCUAUCCUUUUGUUUUAGAGGUGGUUAACUUUUGACACUACAGGUAUUUUGGACUUCAUUUCCCUUUGGAUCUCUUCCAACUCUACACUUCUGCUAUUCUAGAAGCUCCAUCCAGUAUGGCUAUUAUCUUGGAAUUGUUGGAGUUGACCAUCAUAAUACCUGGAGGGCCAAAGAGGGUCCUGACCCCUCUUUUAUUAUGUGUGGAAAAUAUGACAUCUUUGUAAAGUCUUAAAUUGACAUCACAAGGGACACUGAAUACAUAACCUUUGAAAGUAAUUGAUAUAGGACAGAAUGCAAAAGAAAACUCUUUUUGGAAUUUUUAAAGAGAAGACUGGACUAAGCAUCAUCAGAUCUAUGAUCACUAUGCUCUGUUUUCCUUAUGUUAUUAUUUCUGUUUUAAUCCUGAAAUCAUGGGCUGAUUCAAUGGUAGGAUUUCCCCCCCGCUGUCUAUGUUGACUAAAACACAGAACAACAAACCAAUUUCAGCAGGUCAAUAGAGAGCUGAUUGAUAUGUUUUGGUUGCUGGUACAGAUACUGCCUUGAAUCUCUUCACUCUAUACUAUAUUCUCAUGGAGCUGGCCUGAAUAGGUGCAAACAGGCCUUAGGACUGAGAAGUACAAGCUAAGAUUCGUAAGUAAGGCAGCACAUCCACUAACUGCACUGCCACUUUAAAAACCAGGUACAAAUCUAAGAACAGCACUAAUUUUGUAUCUUUGGGAGACAAGGCAUUCUUUAGAGCAGAAACAGCCAGUGCUUAUUAGAGCAAGGCUGUGUUUCCCAACUCAAAACUGCCCUUUGCAUGGUUGGUUCUGUAUUCAAUAUGAAAGUAGUAUAAUAACAACAGCCCCCAAACAGAGGUGUGCAUGAUAAUGCUUGUAUUUGACAAAAUUUCUUUCUUUAAUAUUUCACUAUGGGGGAAACUAUUUGCAAGAGGUGCUGUUAGGGUGAAUGCAUCAUUGUUGUUGUAGAAACUUCACCAAUGUGCACUUCCUUAUCCAGUUGCAUUUGUUGAGACAGGAGCAGGACACAUUCAACUUGGUUUUUAACACAAUAGUGAUGCUCUUCCUUCUUCAGAGUUAGGGCAACUUGUAGGAGGUAAUGUGUGCGAUCAUUGAUGUCGAGUAACCUAAUCUAAUAAACAGUGUGGCGUCAUGACAACAUCAUGUUCACUCUGUGAUCCCUGAUUGUCCAGGAUCACAUAGUGAAGGAGUCCUUUGCAGUAAAAACAAUGACACUGGAGAACAAACAGGGAAGCAAUGACUGUAAACAGGUGCAAAAAUAUUUCAAUAAGAGGAGAAUCAUUUUUAUAUAACCUCUUUGACCUAUUUUUCUGGCAUAGUGAAAAUCAAAAUUCGUGAUAAUUUGGCUCAGUGUUUGAUUUUCCUUCAUUUUCAUUUUAUGAAUGAAACCCUAAAACCCCCUUUAAGCUGGGAUGCAGAGAUUUUGGGGCUGUACAAACAGCCACAAAGAGAUGGCCUCCAGCUGCCCCUUCUUCAGCCAGAUUGGGGCCAUG